GUUGCUGCUGCUGUACAAGGUGUUGCUGCUGCUGCUGCGAGAGGUGCUGUUGCUGCGAGAGGUGCUGUUGAUGCUGUUGCUGCUGUUCUCGAGGCGCUCCAAAUUGCUGGCACGAAAAGGCACGGGGGCGGCAGUCACAUAACACUGCGGCAACAUAUCCCUGCAGCAGCAGCAGCAGCUGCUGCUGCUGCUUGCUCCUGCGAGACCAAGGCGCUGCCCCUUUGGGGAGCUGAAGCAGCACCGAGAGAUGCGCGAGGCUGCAACACGCCUCUCGAUUCUGUUGAGGCUGCUGCAUCCGACGCUGCAGAUGCCAUUGGGCUGCUGGUACGACUUCGCCGACCCCCGGGUGCUGCCGAUGCGGAAAUUCAAAUUCGGCUCUGUAAAAACGCACCGAAAGCAGCAGCGAAGCACGUGCCGCCGUCUGCAGAGCCAAGCGUCGAUUCAGGUGUAUAUUUCGUUGCAACUUCACCGGCAGGCUCUCCUGCGGCAGAGGACCGCCGUGGCUACGGCUUCCGCUUCGGGAGUGCUUCCGUGAGUGACUUUGCGCACGAUGUGUGCGGACACCUGAGUUGA